AUCAAAAAUUGUUUAUUAUUUCUCGUCGCUCCUCUUUUUUUCUCUUCCUUCUCCUUCCUCCGCCAAAAUCUCCCCUCCUAAAAAUACACCUACGAUGUCGAUGUCACUUCUCCGAAUCGCCUCGCGAGGCCCCACGAAAACUUUCUUCCGCGCGAACCGACCUGUUGCGCCCUCUCGAUCCAGUGCAUCCUUCGUUCCGGGUCUGAUUGCUGGUUCCAGCCUUAACUUCAGCACGACCGUGUCCCGAAAAGCCGCCGCGCACCACGAAGAAACAUUUGAGGAGUUUACCGCCAGGUACGAGAGCGAAUUCGAAAAAGUACAAGAUGUUUUCGAGCUUCAGCGUAAUCUAAACAACGCCUUCGCCUACGACUUGGUCCCCUCGCCGUCCGUCGUCGAAGCCGCCCUGCGCGCCGCCCGCCGCGUCAACGAUUUCCCCACCGCCGUCCGCAUCUUCGAGGGCAUCAAGGCCAAGGUCGAGAACAAGAACCAGUACCAACAGUACCUCGACGAGCUAAAGCCCUUACGCGAAGAACUCGGCGUCGUCUUGAAGGAGGACCUGUAUCCCGAGGAGGCCAAAUAAAUAGGUUAACCAAUGCCUCUCUACCUAUACUAUUACUAGGUAGCGGUUGAGAGGACGGUUUAUUCUAUUUAUUUGACAGAAAAAAAUCAGGAGUAGCGGCAGACCAAAAAAAA